AUGGCGAUCCAGGCGUCAGAAAAAGCGGUAGAAACUGGCGUCCAUCCUGCCAGCCAGACUGUUGGCGCGAAGGACGAGACCGUCAAUUCCGAGAAGGACCUGGAACGCAGCGACCCUCCUACAAAGGACUCCGACAGCGACAAGAUCUCCGAAGAUGCCCAAGCUGGUGUUCGUGCAAUCCAGGGGGCGACGAGUGUCUGGAGCAAAUGGCAUCUUGCUGCCGCCUACGCAAAUGUUUGGCUCAUCUACGUCGUUAUAGCGAUCCAGAGCAAUGUCCAGCGUUCUCUUAACCCGUAUGUGACGAGUGCGUUCAAGUUGCACUCACUCACAGCCACUAUCAGCAUUGUCUCAAGCAUCAUCGGCGGAUUGUGCUACAUCCCACUGUCCAAGAUUCUGGAUACCUGGGGCCGACCCCAAGGUUUGGCAGUGACAGUGUUCUUUUGGAUCAUUGGAUUUAUCAUGAUGGCAGGAUGUAAUAAUGUUGAGACAUACGCUGCGGCACAAGUCUUCUCAACCAUUGGCGCUACUGGUGUCAGUUAUACUAUCACUGUCUUCAUGUCAGACACAUCUAGCCUCAAGUCUCGAGCUCUAGCGCUAGCUUUUGCCUCAUCCCCUUAUGUGGCAUUUACCUGGGUCGGAGGUCCCAUCGCACAGUCUCUGCUCAAGGGUGCCGGAUGGAGAUGGGGCAUGGGUCUAUGGGCCAUCGUUUGUCCCGUCGCUGUCCUUCCUCUGGCCGGCCUGCUCUGGUGGAACCAGCGCAAGGCUGAGAAGCUCGGUGUUAUUCAGAAGCCUGAGUAUAAUCUCACCUGGGCAGGGGUGAAGAACUACCUGAUCGAGGUGGAUAUUGUCGGCUGUAUCCUCUUAGCUGGUGGCAUGGCCCUCUUCCUACUUCCUUUCAGCCUUUACUCUUAUCAAGCCAAUGGGUGGAGAAGCCCCAUGAUCAUCUGUAUGAUCGUCUUCGGACUUCUUCUGCUCGUUAGCUUCGUUCUAUAUGAGCGCUAUGUGGCUCCAGUGACAUUCAUACCCUUCCACCUGCUUAUGGAUCGAACUGUGUUCCUGACUGGUAUCAUGUUCAUCUUCAUAUACUUCAACAGCAAUGUCUGGGGUUCUUACUUCUCCAGUAUGCUGCAAGUGGUUUGGGAGUUGAAUGUCGCAGAUGCAGGAUACGUGAACUCUGCACACAGAGUGACGCAGUGCCUGUGGGGAAUAGCGAUUGGCUUCAUUAUUCGCUGGUCUGGUCGCUUCAAGUGGGUUCAGCUUAGUCUUGGAGUUCCCCUGAUGAUGUUAGCCGUCGGACUGAUGUACCACUUCCGUACUGACCAGGCUGCGGUCGGCUUGAUUGUGAUGACUCAGAUCUUUGCUGACGCCUCAUCAGGGGCCGUCGUUCUCUGUGGCGAAAUGGCAAUGAUGUCUCCUUCUGAUCAUCAACACAUUGCUGCCAUCAUCGCCAUCUUGAAUCUCUUCUGUAGUAUGGGUAGUGCUGUCGGUGGCACUGUGUCUGCAGCCAUCUGGACUGGCGUUUUCCCCAAGAAGUUGAAGGAGUAUCUACCUGAGGGAACUAACAUUGCCCCCAUAUACGGAGAUUUGAAAGUACAAAUCGGCUACGCUUCGGGUUCUCCUGAGCGACUUGCCAUCAAGCGAGCAUAUGCUGAUUCUCAGAAGCUAAUGUUUACUACUAGCUUGUGUCUUCUGGCUGGAGCUUUGAUAUGUGUCGUCUUUUGGAGAGAUAUCAAAGUUAAGCAGAUCAAGCAGACAAAAGGUGUGGUUGCUUAA